GCUACGCCGCAGAUUGAGAUUGACAAGCCACUUGGCUUGAAGCUCUCCGAGUCAAAAGCUCCCGGUGGCGGCCUGAAAGUCACGGGUGUUUCAGGCAAUGCAGCAAACAGCGGGAUCUCUGUGGGCGACACGGUGAUCUACACAAGCUCCUUUUUUGGCGAUGAGCUCUGGCCGGCAGACAAGCUGGGAUUCAGCCGAUCUGCCAUCGGCGCAUGCCCGUCUCCUGUCUGCUUUGUCUACGUGAAGGGCGAGAAUAAGGAAGUGCAGGUGAAGCGGCUGCCGAAGCGGCCCAUGCCGCCUCGCUUUGGGCGGAAGCUGACGUCAGCGCAGAAGGAGCUGGCGACUCACAUCUGCGUCGACUGCGGCUGGAUCUACUGCGCCAAGACGCCCUUUGAGGAGCUGGAUGAGUCGUUCAGGUGCCCGCAGUGCUCUGCCUACAAGAAGCGCUUUGCCAAGUACGACGUCGCCACCGGCAAGGUGAAGGGGAAUGUUCCAGACCAGCUGGCGACUCUGGCCACUGUCAUUGGAGGCCUUGUUGGCGUGGGAAUCCUGGGCUAUCUAGGCAUUGCCCUGUCACAGGUCAACUGA